UGAGUCCUCAAUCCCCACUCUCUACCAUCCCUUUUCUCUCUCUCAUUCAAUUCUCUCUCCUAAGCUCUUCUUUUGGUUUUUUAUUUUUUUGGUUCUUUUUGUGCUUAAUGGCAACAAGUCUUGGUUUGUGAUACCCCAUUUCUUAAGAAACAUCAAAUGCUGUUUUUGAUUUGUUUGAUAUUUCUUGUGAGAYUUUGAAGGUGCCCCCAUUUUAAGAGAUCCUUCAAUGGCGGAUAGUUUUUACUGUACAGAGAACACCAAUAGUUGUUUUGAUGAAUUUGAUAAUUGUGAUGCCACAAAUUAUGAGUUUGGUAGUCAAAACCCGAGUGUUGACUGUGAGACUUUGAUGGGCUCUGCUUUAGAGAGUGAAGAGAGGGUGAGGGCUUUGGUAGAGAAAGAGAUUGAACAUUUGCCUAGAAAUGAUUAUCUUAAGAGAAUGCGCAGUGGGGAUUUGGACUUGAAGUUUAGGAGAGAAGCUGUUGAUUGGAUUUGGAAGGCUCAUGCCCAUUACAGCUUUGGAGCUCUGAGUCUUUGUCUAUCAAUGAACUACUUGGACCGUUUCCUCUCAGUUUAUCACUUGCCCAUGGACAAAAGCUGGACUGUGCAACUGCUGUCAGUGGCUUGUGUGUCUCUAGCAGCUAAGAUGGAGGAGACAGAAGUGCCUCUUCCCAUAGAUUUACAGGUUGAGGAACCCAAGUUUGUGUUUGAAGCUAGAACCAUACAAAGAAUGGAGCUUCUGGUUCUGAGUAGGUUGAAAUGGAAGAUGCAAGCCAUAACUCCAUUAUCUUUCAUUGAUUAUUUCCUCAGAAAUAUCACUGUUGGGCAGCAUGUACCAAGCCUAUCUCUCCUCUUAAAAUCUGCACAACUCAUUCUGAGCACAAUUAAAGGCAUUGACUUCUUGGAAUUCAGGCCCUCUGAGAUUGCUUUGGCUGUGGCAAUUUCCAUUUCAGGAGAAUUGCAAGCACCAGACAUAGAUAAAGCAAUUCUUUCUUUCCCAUAUAUGGAGAAAGAGAGAGUGAUGAAGUGUAUUGAACUGAUUAAAGAUUUGUCAUUGAUUAAUAAUGUGUAUGGAAAUUCAUUGGGUGGUGGCGGUGGUGGUUCAAUUCCUCAGAGCCCAGUUGGGGUGUUGGAUGCAGCUUGUUUUAGUUACAAAACGGAAGAAUUAACCGCUGGAUCAUGUGGUAAUUCUUCUUCUUCUUCUUCUUUUUCUUCCCAUGACAGUCCAGACAGCAAGAGGAGGAGACAAGACAGACCAUCACCAAAAGUUGAUUCAAAUCCAUCCAUGUCCUGUCAAUUGAGAGACAAUACACAAGAGAGAGAGAGAGAAAAUAGAGAGGGUGGUGAAUAAAAUCUAGGUAAGUGGAUAAGGAAUUUACAUCAGAGUGUCGUUAGUUGGAGUUGCUGGAAAUGAAAAGAAAAAAAAAAGUUUUCAAAUUUCCCACAAAGUUUCACAUCUCACAACUUUAAAAGAGAGAGAGAGAGAGAGAAGAGAGCACAGGAAAAAGCAGAAAACUGUUGCUUUCCCACCAAAAUUCACUUUUGUAAACAGAAUUUACUGUAAAAGAAGGAACCAGUUUUCGAAGAA